CAAUGAAAUAAAAAAAGAGAUGUAAAUAUUAUCUUAUUAUUAAUAUCAAAUAAUUUUUAAUCACCAAAUAACUAGAUAGAAAUUUUAUGUGCUAAUGUUACGUAAAAUAAGGAUAAGAAGGAACAAAAUAGAUAACAUUUCCACACAUCUAUUAAUAUAGUUUAUUAACAAAAUUGAUUUUUUUUUAUUAUUAUUAUAGAAUCUAUUGAAUUCAUUGAUUAAUAAAAGUAUAAAGACAUAUAGAUAUUAUCUAUCAAAUAAUAAUGUCUUACGCUUGAUUAUCAUACUUUAUCCACACUUAUAUUAAAACAGGUGAAAUUUGUAUCUGCAUAUGAUAACUUUAAGCUUAAAGUGUGACGUAAUUUAUGGAUGUCCCCUAUUGUACAACUGUUAAUUUCAAAUUGUGUUUUACUUGAUCUAUAGAAUAAAUUCUCUCUGAUUAUAAUUUAUAAAUGAACCAUCAAGGAAAUAAAUUUAAAAUAAAUAAUUUUUAAGUCAUGAUGAAUAUUGAACUGCUCACAUCUAACAAACAUCCAAUAUGCGUGCUGAACGAACUGGAUGUAGAUUAUAGUUUCAAAGACUUGAUGGUGUUGGGGCCCCCUCAUAACCGCAUGUUUGGAGUAGAAAUUACUGUGGCGGACAUGACGUUUGAAGGGUGGGGCCACAGCAAGCGAGAGGCACGCGCAGCCGCCGCACGCGCCUGCCUCGCCGCGUUCCUGGCGCGCGCCGGCCGCGUGAUGCCCACAAACGACAAGCCACAGGACUUCACCGCUGACGAAAAUCUCUACUCCGCUUCCGAGUUCCAGAGUAUGGACACGACAACAUCGGAGACUGUCUCCAUACCGGACAUGAGCAAUCAGAUUAAAAACAAACAAGGGAACUCUUCCCCGGCGGUGACGCCGUCCCCGGGCGCGGCACUCUUCGGCUCCCACGUGGGCCCCACCUCGCACAAGAGUCCCAUCAACUUGCUGUAUGAGAACUACCCCGGGCUCACCUUCACAUGCACCUUCGGAGAUGGUUCACCGCUGGAUUCUGCUCAGGCUCCACUCCAACUGGCCCACAGCAUGAGGUUCAAAGUGGUGUGUCAGAUCAAGGAGCAGAAGUUUGAGGGAUACGGCUCGAGCAAGAAGCUGGCGAAGCUGGCGGCGGCGCGCAGCGCGCUCGCCGUGCUCGAGGAGCGCCGCGUCGAGCCCCUCGCGCCGCACCACCCCGCGCGCACCGGCUUCCUGCACCAGACCCUCGCCGACCACAUCGCCAAUAUAAUAAACGAGAAAUUCAGCGAUAUGAUGAAGCUGGACGUCAUGCACUCGAAACGCAAGGCGCUCGCCGGCAUCGUCAUCACGAUCAACAACAACAUGAAAGACGCCAGGGUGAUCGCCGUGACCACGGGCACCAAGUGCGUGUCCGGCGAGCACAUGUCCGUGCGCGGCCGCGCCGUCAACGACUGCCACGCCGAGGUGGCAGCACGGCGUUGUCUGCAGCGCCAUCUGUACGCAGAACUACUGAAGUACGCUUCGCAACCGGAUCCGCGCGUGCCGAUCCUGGAGUCGGACCUGGAGCCGGUGGCGGGCGGCGGGUACCAGCUGAAGCCGAACCGGCAGGUGCACCUGUACAUCAGCACGGCGCCCUGCGGCGACGGACGCAUCUUCAGCCCGCACGAGCAGCACGAGCCCGAGCCCGACCGACACCCCAACAGACUGGCGCGCGGUCAGCUCCGUACCAAAAUAGAGUCCGGCGAAGGCACCAUCCCGGUCAAGAACAGCGUCAACACAGUGCAGACGUGGGACGGAGUAAUGCAAGGCGAGCGGCUGCUGACGAUGUCGUGCUCGGACAAGGUGGCGCGCUGGUGCGUGGUGGGGCUGCAGGGCGCGCUGCUGUCGCGCGUGCUGCGCCCCGUGUACCUGCACUCGCUCGUGCUGGGCUCGCUGCUGCACCCGCACCACAUGUACAGGGCCAUCUGUGGCCGUAUAGAGGCGUUCAUCACGUCACUGCCGCCGCCGUACCGUCUCCAGCGGCCUCUGCUGGCGCGUGCUGCGAGCACGGAGGCCCGCACUCCGGCCCGAGCGCCCACAUUCAGCGUCUGCUGGUGCUGCACCACGCCAGAUCCGGAGGUGCUGAACGCGACGACCGGCAAGCUGGAGAACGGCCAGCCGUCGCUGCUGUGCAAGCAGAGCAUGUUCGCGCGCUGGCAACACGUGGUGAGGCGACUGCCGCAGCUGCCACAGAUUACAUGUCAGAAUAACCAAUGUGUUGUGAACGCGUCCGGACGUCAGGAGUUGGAUGACGUCAAGGCGCCGGCGCAGCUCCCCUCGAACCUGGAGUCCCUGCUGUACAAGGAAGCGAAACAGAUGUGCCCCGUCUACCAGGCGGCGAAAGAGCGCUUAUUCGAAGCGUUCGAAAAUGCGAAGCUCGGCCGCUGGAUCAAGAAGCCAAUCGAGCAGGACCAGUUCGUCUGCGAGCUGGUGGACGCGGACCCGAAAGCUCUGUUCGCCUAGGCAGGACACUGUCUACCCGUUCGUAGCGCGAUGCAGGUUGGUCACUGUGCGGUGAAGGAACUUGGUACAUCACCCGUCAGUACCGAUGAUGAUCAUAUUAACGUAGAUGCAGUAGGUGAUGGUGAUUUUUGUGUUUUUGAUGCAAACCGUGGUGUUGAUAUGGUUAAGUGUGGUGAUGAACAUGUAGGAAGUAGUGAAAAGGCAACUGUUAUUGAUGAAGUAAAAGGUAGAAAUGAUAGAGAUUGUGCAUCUGUUUCCAAUUUGGAUACAAAUGGGAAUAAUAAUGAUGCAGUAGAAAUAGUUGAUAAAAAGUUUAAAUUGCUACGUUUGAGUAAAUAUAAACAUUUUAAAAUUAAUAAUAACGAUCAUGUUUUUGGUAAUAUGGCUGAUGAUAUUAAAGAUUUUAGUAAGAAAAAUGAAGAUGGCUAUAAUGAUCAAUCAAUUGGUGAUUUUAGUAAAGGUAGAAGUUCAUAUACUCAGAGAGAAUAUACAAACAAUGCUCUUGCAGCAAAAGAUGCACUUAAAAUUUUUGUUAUUACAUCUGUUGACAAAAGAAAUAAAAAAGAGGUAAUUAAUGCUACCAUUCCAAACAAUACUCAAAUCCAAGUUGAUAACAAAGUAGCCGCUGAUCUUAAAGAAUGUCAACCUUAUGACCUCAAGGAUCGGUAUGAUAAAAUUGACUUAUCACAUAACAGACUUCCUGAAACAGAUCAUCUUGAUAGACUACAAAAUAAAGAUGGUAAAUGUAAUUUUGCUUCUACAAGAUUAAAUAAACUAAUUCAUUGUAAAAUGAAAAGUAAUAUAGAUGUUAGCAAAGAUGCACCAGAUAAAGGAAGUUUUAACGUAAAUAAAGUAGAUAGUAAUGACAAUUUUAUUGCUGAUAAUAUUGAAAAUAAUGUUGCAAAUAAAUCAGAAAUUAGUGGAAACAAAGAAAAUGUAAUAAAAAGUUCUUUAUUACAAAAGAAAUUAGCUUUUGUAAAGAAAAAAUCAAAAGAACCAAUAUGAAAUAAACGUAGGAAACGAUACGUGCCGCUAUAAUGAUAACAACCAGCGAGUGUUCUCAGGUUUUGAUCUGUCUCGCUGUGUAAGUAACGCCCAGUUUUACUGAGUUGGGCCCGUGAUCUCAGCACGCUGGUCUAAAUGCAUGCCAUUGCCUAGAUUGAUCGGCAAAGUGCAUUUGAAUUGUUUUGGAGUCCAAAAGGUAUUGAUUGACUUAAUAAAUUUUAAAAGUAACAUAUGCCUUGUCAACUAAACUUAAAUCUUCUGCGACAUUAAUGAACGCAACAGCUAUAACCGAAAGAAGUAUUUGCGAAACAUGCACUCGACGAGGUGGCGAAGUUAAAAGGCCAUGUCGAAAUAUCGAGUUUGAUUUUGAUUGAUAAACCUAAACUAAUUGGGAUCAUAAUAUAAAUAAUAAAUUUUUUAUGGUCUACAUAACUAUAAACAGCAAAAUUGACGAAAAAUUAUCCAAUUUCAAUUUGUUGUUGGCUGUAUCGAAGAAAAACAGAAGCCACACGUGCUAUAAGAAAAUUGACUGUCUGAAAAUUAUAAAAAUACCAUCAAAAUUAAUGUAGAAGUUACUUCGCUUAACAUAUCACAACUACAAUGGAACGUGCUGAGAGUUUACAUUCUAAAUGUCAUCUCAGCGCGUUAAAAGCACUAUUCACAAAGCUUUUAUAAUAUUAUAUAUCAGUUUAUAAAUCAUCACAUAUAUUCAUAUAUUUUCUAACACACAGUUGCCAUUUGUAAUCGUCAUUAACUAAGUUCCUCCGCCAAAUGUAAGAUCGUUGAAGCUGGCAACACUGCCUCGUGCUAUACGUGUUUAGUCAGUGGCCAGCCUUGGGGUCAGAUACUGUUGGAUUUUGCGCACUGUCCGUCUGUAGCCACCCUGAUUGACAUUGAUGAAUCAUUUUCAGUGUAUUUCGGUACGUAUUUAAUUUGUGGGGGUUUGGUUCCCGUGACCCCCCACUGAGUCCGGUAACGGGUUUCAAUUUAACCAAAGAUAUUUCGGAUGUUUUAGUAUUAAAUUUAUUUUAGUGAUUUUUUUUUGUUUGUAUGAUUUUCCUUUACAUAGUUUUGUGAUAUAGGUUUUUUAAGUGUCUAAUGUAUGUUUUGUACAGAAUUUUAAACGCGACAUACCUUUCGUGAUAUGACGGUGCUGUGACGCGGACAGGGCGUAAAAUCUGUUGUGUAAGUAGCUUGGAGACCGGUAAUUUCCGUUCCAGUUCCGGUUUCCGAAUCCCUACCGGAACGUUCAUUCAGUUAGCUUACACGCAUUUAACCGGUUCAAUUUAAUUAUAAUAGUAAUUGUCAAUACUUUAAAAAAAAACUUUUCGAUUUUAAGGUUUAAAGUUGUUAAAAAUAAUGUCUGCAGUGACUACCGAAAAUUGUCAAAUACGGUUAACCGGUUUUAAUAUUACCCGGUCAAUGUAUAAUAAUAACCGGAUGUUUGAAAACCGGUGCCAAGCUCCGUGUGUCCCAAAGCGUAGUAUUAAGUGUAAGUAUCAGAGGCGGUCUUAGGGAGAGGCGAACCAGGCAACCGCUCCGGGACCCGCGCGGUGCCUUAGAGGACUUUUUUUUUUAAGAUUUUUAAGAUCUUACCGAUGAAACUUUUUAAAACCGGGCAACGUUUUUUACUCCGCCAUGGGUCUCGUGUUGUUUUUUUUUGCUUUCCCCUAGGACCUCGCGUCGGCUAAGGCCGCCACUGGUGAUGUAUUGGUUCGGAAUGUUCUAUUUAAUUAGUGUAAGUAAUAAUAAUCAAGUAAUAUGAGGACAUUUAUAAUAAUAAAGUAAUCAAUUUCUAUAUUCUUCCUAUUCAAAAAAUGAAUUGUAUGCGGCAAAAUAGUAUUUUAUUAAAUGGGAUGCAGUUUAACAAAUUAGGUUGAAUUCGUCUACUUAUAAAAAAAAUGUAUUAAAUAAAAAAAUAUAUUUUACGAUUUAAAUUUCUUCUCCAAUAAACACCAACUGUCUUAAAUCAAAUGAUAUAUCAAAAAAAGAUUUGAAAUGAAACAUCACACAUAAUAUUUAUUUUUAUUGUAUUUACAAUCCUUUUUGUUAAACUAUGUCUCUAUAGUAUUAUGUGUAAAAAUAUGUAAAUACAACGUGUGAUUGGCGUUAUACUAUAAAACACGGCCAAGACUUAAUGUUUUAUCUUAACCUAUUCUGUCUUGCUUAGUAUUACAGUGCCGUAAUCAGGAUGUUUAAUGUGGGUCAGACCCCCCAAUGGUGAAUGAAAUCCCACAUUUGUUUCGGUAAAUUGCUAUUAAUUAGAAUCUAAGUUAUUUCGUUGGUUGUUAAUGCGUAAUAUCGACUGUCUCGUUUGCUAAGCAAAAGUAGUAUUUUACACGCAUAAUGAAAAACACUACCAAGAGUUGCUAACUUAGUCAAAUAAACUGUAUACCUUAUAGAGCCAGUAUAAUAAGUGCAACUGGCGAUAAGUGUGUAGCUUUGUGUAUUUAACAGUGUCUCCAUCUACACAGUAAUUUGAAUCUACCUUCAAAGUAAGAAAAUACCUUGACCGCGUCAUAAGCAUACUACCAUGAAUUUCUUGCGUUUGGUUGGCGGUAAUUCUUAAAAAUGAACUCAAAUUUCAUAAUAGGGACAUAUUUUAUUUAUUUUUGCUUUUUACGAGUUUAAUGAUUCAAGGUAAUUUUGCCUAAAAUCACGGUAUAUCUAGCCUUGGUAAUUUUCUAUUUAGACAUGGAGGCACUGUUGUUAAUUUAAGUUCUUUGUGAUAUUGUAUACUGUAAAAGUUUUAGGUUUGAUAGUUCUGCUCUGCUGUUAUCGUUAUAGUUUAAUUUGCUUCCGAAAUUCUGAAUUAUUGGUGUAAAUAACAAUUAUCAUAAAAAAAAUCAGUGUAUUUAGACUUGUUUUGUGUUUUGUUAAUUAUUCUGCAAUAAAGACGAUAUUUAAUUUUAAGCGCACAAAGUGAAAUUUUA